UGAGAUACUCCUACUUUUGCUUUCUGUCAUUUUAGCUGACGUCAAUGAUGCACAGGUUCGACAAUGUCGUCAUUCCCGACAAGUGAGUUUAUUCAUAUCGAGGGGCAUGCGGGGUAUCGCUCACGAUAUGUAUCUAGGGUCAAGUGCGACACGUGCAAGAAGGUCCGUAUGCAGAGUGCUUUUUCUAAACGCCAGCUCGAUUCCCUGCGUAAUGCCAUCGUCCUCAAAGGCACCAAAGCCCUCGCCAUCUCGGGCCAUGGCGCCAAAUGCCGCCAAUGUGUUGGUGGCCAGACCGUUGAGCUUAAGUGUUGUAUCUGCGAUAAAAUCAAGGGCCUUGACGAGUUCGCCAAGUCUCAGCGCCAGAACCGUGACUCGGCCAGAUGCUUGAACUGUGUCCAGAACCAUGCCGAAGCAGACCCGGUGCUGGAAGAGCACAAGCUCCUUACCGAAGGCGAGUUUUCUACCAUUCAGGAUACCACUGUUACUGCUAGCCAGAUCGAUGACGGAUCCUUGAUCGAAUCCCGCAAACGCUACAACAGCGUCACCCGCGAUGGUUCAGACGAGGACGACGAUGAUCUUUCCGUUGGAGGAGGCGUCUGGGUUGAGACCGAGCGUGGGGAUGAGAAUAGCACGAACAAAGGCAAGGGACUCAUGUUCACGGCUUUCGACCCCCAGGGCAACGCACAUCGCCGCACCACUCAGUCGGGCCCUGGUUCCAUCCAUAGUGGAUGGGCCUCUUUGGGCGUGACUCCUCGCACCCUCCCUCCUCCUAACCAGCAGCAGAAGAAGCGGACUUCCAACUUUGCCAAGGUGCCGGGCAAACGUUUCGAAAAGCAUGAAGCGCCUACCAUGCGUGUCCCCGAACCUGCCGGAGAAAUUAUUCCUUCUGACGACGAGGAUGAGGAUGAGGGGAUUGAGGACUUCCUUUAGGGAGGACUUGGUGUCCCGUGGGCUACCUGAAUACAUCUGUUAUGCCUUCCACCUUUUAUGAGGGCAUAUUGAGCAAUAGUUGAGACAAGAAAAGAGAAAAAAAAAAAGCAUCGGCUCGACAUCAUUGACUUAGUCAGUGACAUAAGCAAUCCAUUUCAUCUACGUUUCUUACUUCCUGUCUGGUAAUUGUGUAGUUAUUUGCCGUCCCACAGUCGACCCGUGGUUGUCACAAUCUCGGUUGACGCUGUU